AUGGACAGCAGGCAGCAGCCCCCCAAGAGGAAGACGCUACAAUGGGAGCUCGCACAAGAGCAAAGGCAACAGUCUAUCUUAAACGGGCCUUCAGUGGCCUGCAGCCAGCCAGACAGCAAGAGCAACCCUCAGGAGGACCUAGAGACCCAAGACUGGGUGUGUGAGCCUCAGGCAUACAGGCACCCAGGUAGCCGCUGGAAUAUCAGCAUCGAGGAACGCAGGCGUCUGGCCAUGCUGUAUGCACAGGAGAGGACAAACAUGGAGAUGGCCCAAUCCGGAGACCUGCUGGGCGUAUGCCACACUGGCCAGCAGACUGUGUCCUCCCUACCGACUUGCCCUGACCCAACACCUCCCUGCCAGGCCCCUGAAAUGGCUGUCCCCCUGCAGGACAUCAGACAGAUGGUAGCGGAGCUGGUGUCUGAGGGUGUGGAAAAGGACGUACUCCUGCCUCACCCUCUAAAUUCCACCUAG